AUGUGGAUGCUGACUCCUGUCAUAACUGUGUCCUAUGAAGUCAAGAGUCUAUUUCUGUUCCUUUCAGUCCUGGAGUUUGCAGCUGGUAUCCUGGCCAACACCUUCAUUUUCUUGGUGAAUUUUCGGGACAUGGUGAGGAGGCGACCCCUGAGCAACUGUGACCUUGUUCUGCUGAUUCUCAGCCUCAGCCGGCUUUUCCUGCAUGGGCUGCUGUUACUGGAUGCCAUCCAGCUUACCCUGUUCCAGAGUAUGAAAGACCCACUGAACAGCAGCUACCAAAUCAUCAUCAUGCUCUGGAUGAUCACAAACCAAGCUGGCCUGUGGCUCGCCACCUGCCUCAGUCUCCUCUAUUGCUCUAAGAUUGUCCGUUUCUCUCAUGCCUUCCUGCUCUGCUUGGCAAGUUGGAUCUCCAGAAAGACCUCCUGUAUGCUCCUGGGUGCUGUCCUUCUCACCGGUGCCUGCACUGUCAUGUGCUCUUGGGAUUUUUUCAGUAGAUCGCAAGUCACAGCCACAACUACGCUAUCCAUGAAGAACAAUUCAGAACAUGACUUGCAAAUUGAAGAACUUCGUUUCUUUCAUUCCUUCCUCUUCUGCAGCCUGGGGUCCCUCCCACCUUUCUUGUGUUUUCUGGUUUCUUCUGGGGUGCUGAUUGUCUCCCUGUGGCGCCACAUGAGGACCAUGAGGGCCAAGACCAGGGACUCCCACGACCCCAGCCUGGAGGCCCACAUCAAGGCGCUCAAAUCCCUCAUCUCCUUUCUCUGUGUCUAUGUGGUGUCAUUUUGCGCUGCCCUCAUCUCGGUGCCUUUACUGGUGCUGUGGCACAACAAGGCCGGGGUCAUGGUCUGUGUGGGGAUAAUGGCAGCUUGUCCAUCAGGACAUGCAGCCAUGCUGAUCUCAGGCAAUGCCAAGCUGAGGAGAGCUGUGGACAGCAUCUUCCUCUGGGUUCAGAGCAGCCUAAAGGUAAGGACAGACCACCAGGCAGACCCCAGGACACCAUGUCUCUGUUGA